AUGUCUGCUUCAUUUACUUUUGUUCCUACAAUUCUCAAGGAAUUUCCCAGUACCCCUCAGAAUGGGCAUUCCGGGUUUUAUCGCACUUAUCGCCGUUUGGCUGCUAAUUUGUAUUGGAUUGGUAUGAAGAAGGAUAUCCAGAAUUUUGUGCAGAAAUCUAUUGUCUGUCAAUGCAACAAGUAUGCAACUUCAAUACCAGGUGGUCUUCUCCAGCCACUUCCAAUACCUAAUCAAGUGUGGGCAGAUAUUUCUAUGGACUUCAUUACUGGUCUUCCAAAGUCCAAGGGUUUCGAAGCUAUUUUUGUGGUGGUAGACAGGCUGUCCAAAUAUGCUCAUUUCAUCCUUCUUAAGCGACCCUAUUCUGAAGAUCUUUGGCUGAAACUUUCGCCAAAGAAGUGGUCCGACUUCAUGGAAUUCCGGAAUCUAUUGUGA